CUCGAGAAAUCUUCAAAAAGAACCAGUAGCCAGUGUAUUGAGUAUACUCAGUCUCUCGAUCGAUAGCAGCACCUGAGGCCAUGGCACACGCCGAUCACACUCGAGACCCAUGUCCCUGGGUCAUCCUCAACGACUUUGGCGGUGCUUUUGCCAUGGGCGCCAUCGGAGGCACCAUCUGGCAUAGCAUCAAGGGAUACCGCAACUCACCGCGCGGCGAAAAGAUGAUUGGAUCUAUGGCAGCUGUCAAGGCAAGAGCGCCUGUUCUCGGUGGCAAUUUCGGAGUUUGGGGCGGCUUGUUCAGUACAUUCGACUGUUCUGUGAAGGCGGUGCGCAAGAAGGAAGAUCCUUGGAAUGCCAUCAUUGCAGGCUUCUUCACAGGUGGAUCUCUUGCUGCACGGUCAGGCCUUAAAGCAGCGCGCAACUCAGCCAUUGGUUGUGCGUGUCUACUCGCAGUCUUUGAAGGUGUUGGAAUUGCCAUUAAUCGAGUCAUGGCAGAAGGUAACAAGCCCGUUGCGCCGCAGUUGCCGGAUACAGCCGUUGCUGCUUGAUCUUCUUCAGUACACGAAAAGCACUGGACAUCUUCCCUACUCAUCAUAUUGCUUUUUCUGGCCAGCGACUUACUCAAUCAUUUUCAUCGCGUCCAAGAAAGACAUUUUUCGAGCCAUUCUCUUGUCGUGUAUCCUUAUUGUGCUUGUUCAGCAGCAUGUUGACCUGGACGGCCUAGUUGUCUCUUGAUACCCUCAAUGUACCAUAUCCGUC